UCCUGAAAAAAAUGUUACAAGACUGUAGAUACACCAUGGUAUGAGUAGUUAGUCACAUCUUUUAAAUGCGUUUGAGAAACAAAAUAAAGCAGUCACGGUUUAGGUAUAGAAAAUACAUUUUAUCCUUCCCUUUAUUCAAACAGUCUGUCAAAAAUGCAAUUCAUUCACAUAAGGUCUUGCCUGCACGGAUCUGAGUGGGAAUCAGUAGUUUCUUUGUUCAUCACUAUGGAAACAAGUCAGCCUACCCCGCACGCACGCUGUUAGAUCAGCAGAGGAUGCUCAGAUCCUGUGUAGCCUCAUCAAUGAGCGAGUUGGUGCCGGCAGCGCCUAGCCUCCAGCCCUUCUUCUCCCAGGAGCCGGGCACCAUGCAGGACACGCCCCGGAGGCUCUCAGCCAUGCCCUUCCUCAGCGCCUUCCUCCAGGGUCGCCGCCACUCCACCUCGGACCCCGUGCUGCGACUUCAGCAGGGUCGGCGCAGCUCUGCCGCCAAGAUGCUGUCUUCAUCCUCCCUCCAGGUGAUGGUGGCCGUGGCCGCCGUCCGCGGUACUGAGAGAAGCCUAACUUGCCCUGAGAAGAAAAGAAUCUCAGGACGUCCGGCACCAAAAUACACAAAAGUAGGAGAACGUUUACGACAUGUCAUUCCUGGACACAUGGCCUGCUCCAUGGCGUGUGGUGGCAAAGCAUGCAAGUAUGAAAACCCAGCUCGCUGGAGUGAGCAGGAGCAAGCCAUAAGAGGGGUCUACUCGUCCUGGGUGACUGAGAAUAUCCUGGCCAUGGCACGCCCGUCUACUGAGCUUCUGGAAAAGUACUGCAUCAUUGACCAGUUCCAAACCCAUGGUAUAAAAACAGUGAUCAACCUGCAGCGCCCGGGUGAACACGCCAGCUGUGGGAACCCUCUGGAACAAGAAAGUGGCUUCACAUACCUCCCUGAGGCUUUCAUGGAGGCCGGCAUUUAUUUUUACAAUUUCGGAUGGAAGGAUUAUGGUGUGGCGUCCCUCACUACCAUCUUAGAUAUGGUGAAGGUGAUGACAUUUGCCUUACAAGAAGGAAAAGUAGCCAUCCAUUGUCACGCAGGGCUUGGUCGAACAGGUGUCUUAAUCGCAUGUUAUCUGGUCUUUGCAACAAGAAUGACUGCUGACCAAUCGAUCAUAUUUGUGCGAGCAAAGCGACCCAACUCCAUACAGACUAGAGGACAACUACUGUGUGUGCGGGAAUUCACUCAGUUUCUGAUUCCUCUCCGCAACAUAUUCGCAUGCUGCGACCCCAAAGCGCACGCCGUCACCUUAGCACAGUACCUCAUCCGCCAGCGGCACCUGCUUCAUGGCUACGAGGCACGACUUCUGAAACAUGUGCCAAAGAUCAUCCACCUGGUUUGCAAACUACUCUUGGACUUAGCCGAGAACAGGCCGGUGGUGCGGGAAGAGGCGCCCAGCGUGCCUGGUCUGUCUGCAGAAAUUGAAAAGACGGUGUCUGAGGUGGUGACGAUGCAGCUCGAUAAGGAGCUGCUGCGGCACAACAGUGACGUGUCCUGCACCCCUUCUGUGGCGGCCCCCGACUUUGAGACUCAGGACAUGGCCCUUCCCCACGAGCAAGAGUUUGACCCCCUCUGGAAGAGGCGGAAUGCUGAGUGCGUUCAGCCCCUCACUUGUCUGAAAAGGCAGCUCAGCUACAGCGACUCGGAUCUAAAGAGGGCCGAGUGGCUUCUGGAACAAGGGGGGACUCCCUGGACGGUGCCUGCCCAGGCCAUGCCUUGCCAGCACUCCGAGCAGCAGAUGCCUCUAAGCCACUGUCACACCCCACAGUCACCACGGGUAGACUUAAGUAAAGAAAUACUGUGCCGGAAUACAUUUUCUUUCUGGAACCAGACAAAAUGUGGAGGUCUAGCAGGACUCAAAGAGGAUGGGUCACCAGUCUCAACAAAGAAUCUUUCAAAAGAAGUCCAGCGAAGUAGAACCUUCUCUUCAGGAGUUUAUAAUCCUGGGGAGCCAGCUUCUCCCAACUUUGCAAAUCUCCAUAAGGAGCAAGACUGUUCUGACCACCAAGCACUCCCUGAUCAGGGUGAAGCCCAUGGUGGUGGUACUCAGGGCUCGGUCUCAGAGGAUGGUGACCUGAUGGGCUGUGAUCUUGGUACCAAAGCCCAGUUCUCCGUUGGACCUGAAACUGACGAUAGCAAAGAUGUAUCUCAAGUCACUCCACACACUGUUUUGCUGUCUGAACUGAGUGUGGAAGCAAGGAGAGUACUGGUAGCCAAAGCCCUGGCAAAUUUAAAUGAGUUUGCAGAGGAGGAGGAAGUGAAAAGGAAGGUAGAAAUGUGGCAGAAAGAACUAAAUUCCCAAGAUGGAGCUUGGCAAAGGAUAUGUGGCGAAAGAGACCCUUUCACCCUGUGCAGUUUGAUGUGGUCUUGGGUGGAGCAGCUGAAGGAGCCUGUGAUAAGCAGAGAGGACGUGGACAUGCUGGUUGAUAGCCACUCGGAUACCGCAGAAGCGCUGUUUUUAUUGGAGAAGGGCCAGCAUCAGACUAUUCUGUGUGUGUUGCAUUGCAUAGUGAGCCUGCAAACCCUGCCUGCGAACCUGGAGGAAGCUGUCCUCGUCCACACCAUCAAAGCUUUCACCAAGGUUAAUUUUGAUUCUGAAAAUGGACCAAUAGUUUACAACACCCUGAAGAAAAUAUUUAAGCACACACUGGAAGAGAAAAGAAAAAUGGCACAGGAUGGCCCUCAGCCUGGUGUUUUGUAAAGCUAAGCUGUCUCUCCAUAGUGAAUAUCCAGACCUUCUGAAAGUCAAGCCAGGCUCCUGUGCAUAGGUGAACAAGUUCAGGUGUGGGGCUACUUCAUCCUGCAACACUUUGUUGCAGACGCUCUUGGUUUACGCUAAAAAAUGCUCGUUCCUCUUUGGAAUAAUUAUUUAUUUUAAAUAACAUUCAUACGCUUUUUGUUGUUGUUGUUGUUGUUGAAAAUUGCCAUAAUUUGAGUGCCACUUUCUUUUAUUUAUGUAACUAAAGAUUAUAUAUUAUUAACAUUUUAAGUAUGUGGUAGUUACAUCCUUAUUAUCAUUAUUUAUUUUUUGUAAACGUCAAAUAGUGGUUGAUGGAACUCUUCCUAGAGUCUUUGCCAAAUAGAACAUUUUAUAGUGAAACCUCACUGCUUCUCCAUCACCUUGUUUCAGGACCGCAGGAAGUCACCAAGUGUCUUAAACUGUUUUAUAUUUGUUACUAAGAAAGCUGUUGGUACAUUUUUAAGGAAUUUUUCCAAAAAAGAAAAAAAAAAGAUGGUUUUUCUUUUCUUUUUAUAAAUGUGACAAGAGGAAUUCAAAA